AUGACAAUGCACGCCGUCUUGCAGAGAACUCUGACUAGGACGCUGGCUAACCAACUGAGGUCGUACCAUGCCUCAGUGUUGCCCACCUUCGUUUCUACCUCCUCGCCGGAAUUCACUGCCAAGUCACUUGCAAUGGACGAGCUAGUCGGCGAUUUGGAGACAAAGCUGGCUGAGGCGCGCCAAGGAGGGGGUCUCAAAGCCUCGGAACGAAUGCGGAACAAGGGAAAGAGGCUACCUCGAGAACGUCUAGGCCUUAUCCUGGAUCCACAUUCACCGUUCCUUGAACUUUCGUCUUUGGCGGCGCACAAGGUUUAUCCUGAAUCUAUUCCAGGAGCGGGUAUCAUCACUGGCAUUGGUCGUAUUUCCGGGCGGGAGUGCGUCAUUGUCGUAAAUGACGCGACUGUGAAGGGUGGGUCAUACUAUCCAUUGACAGUGAAGAAACAUUUGCGAGCGCAGGAGAUUGCGCGGGAGAACAGGCUACCUUGUGUAUAUAUUGUGGAGUCCGGAGGUGCUGCUCUCCCCCAUCAAGCGAACGUGUUCCCGGACAAGGAACACUUUGGCCGUAUUUUCUACAACAUGGCUCAAAUGUCCGCUCUCGGAAUUCCUCAAAUCGCGGUCGUCCAUGGUAUCUCGGUUGCAGGCGGCGCGUAUGUUCCUGCCAUGGCGGACGAGAACAUCAUUGUGCAGAACCAAGGCCGUAUUUUCUUGGCCGGUCCGCCGCUCGUUAAAGCCGCAACGGGGGAGGAAGUUGAUGAAGAGACCCUGGGGGGUGGUCUGAUGCAUUCCAGCGAGAGCGGAGUGACCGAUCAUCUGGCUCGGGAUGACGAGCACGCUAUUUCUAUAGCGAGAGGUAUUGUUGGAGACCUGGGUAGUGCAGGCACUACUGCCAGCGUCCCAUCUGCGAAGCCAGAGGACCCUCUAUACCCUGCUUCUGACCUUCAUGGUAUUGUUGGGACAGACGUCCGGCAGGCCUUCGACAUGCGUGAGGUCAUUGCUCGGAUCGUCGAUGGAAGCAGAUUUAGGGAGUUCAAGAAGGAGUAUGGGCCAACAAUAAUCACAGGCUUCGCCCAUAUCCAUGGCUAUGAAAUUGGAAUCGUGGCCAACAACGGAAUCCUUUUCUCACCCUCGGCUUUGAAGGCGACACAUUUCAUUCAGCUUUGUUCGCAGCGUCAGAUUCCUUUAUUAUUCCUUGUGAACGUGACAGGCUACAUGGUCGGGUCAAAGGCAGAGAAAGGAGGCAUCGCGAAAGACGGUGCAAAAAUGGUUCGUGCCGUCGCGUGUGCGGACGUACCAAAGAUUACCGUAAUUGUUGGAGGAAGCUUUGGUGCUGGUAACUAUGGGAUGGCUGGUCGUGCUUAUUCUCCUCGAUUCCUAUGGAUGUGGCCUAACGCCAAAGUUUCCGUCAUGGGUUCGGGUCAAUUGUCCCAGGUCAUGACCACAGUGUCAAAAGAUCCUGCCCAGCACUCUUCUUUAAAAGCCGAAAUUGAAGACCAAUCAACUGCGCUGUAUUCGACUGCACGCCUUUGGGACGAUGGAAUUAUCAAGCCUACGGAUACCCGAGACGUGGUGGGUCUUGGACUUGGCAUAGUUACACGAGAACGAGCUUUACGAAGCCGGAGAAGUAUGGGCGGUAGUACUACAUGGGAUGGAAAUGGUAAUGGCUUUGGAGUUUUCCGAAUGUGA